AUGGAAGAGGAGAAAGCAAAUGAUCCGUUAACUUUCUCUCCCGUUGAGGAGGAAGAUAACGAAGAACUGUCAGACGAUGACGAUGGGUCGACUUCUAGCUCCGAGGAUGCAGAAGAGUGGAACAACACUACUGUCGUGCAACAUGAAUUAAAAACUUCCAGAGCUGCUAGCAAGGCUGAGAAUGAACCAACCAAGCCAGCCAUGGUCAAACUGGAAGAUCAGAUGAACAACAAAAAUCUGGAAACUUUGCAGAAGAUAUUCGAGGAAGCUGAUGAAGAUGGCGGCGGGGGACUGGAUAUGGACGAGUUUCGCCAGGCCAUGAUCAAAACUAUGACUGGUAAAGGUGAAGUGCCUGAUGAUAAUCAACUGGCUAUCACCUUCAUGAAGGUUGACGCAAACUGUGAUGGAACAGUAGACUGGGAGGAAUUUUGUUCCUACAUGUUGCUGGAGACUCAGUUAAAAGAUGUGAUGACUAGUGAAGACAGAGAGAUGGAAUUCCCAAAUCCAGCUAAAGAAGUUCCCAGUUCUCAUCGUGACACAAUCACACGAAUAACAUACCUUCCUAAACUGUCACACGGCACUGAUGACCCAACUGACAGCAAUGGGGGAAGAUACGUGUCCGUCAGCAAGGAAGGGACUUUGCACUUCUGGAACAUGGACCUAUAUCCUCAAAGAACUCUGUCAUUAGGGCACGAGGGUAAAGCUAGCAAAAAUGUAUGGAUUACAGACUGUGUUGUAUUGCCAAAUGUCAAGAAGCUUGCUUUGUCAACGGCGGACAGAGAGAUAGCAUUUUAUGACUGUGCUGCCACUAGUUUUGACAAACAGUACGUUAUCUGCAGUUUGGAUUACUGUGUACUUACAAUGGAUUACUGGUGCAGCUCACCCAAGUCAAAUGAGGGUAUUUUGUUGGGUGGAGAUGCUGGAGGUUCAGUGAUCUGUUUUCAGAUGAAAUUCAAUGCAAUGACAGGUUGCUUGUUUGAUAUAAACCUUGGACAGCAGAUUCCCAGCGUAUCUUUCAGACGAUUUUCCCUAUGGGAGCUUCAGCAAGGGAGAUAUUCAAACAUAAAACUGUUUCAAUUUAACAAUCUUCAUGAGGACUGGAUUCGUAAAGUUAGAUAUUACCCCUCGUUACAAUGCUUUAUCUCUUGUGCUACAGCCAGCAACACUUCCAUGUACCUUGGAGACGUGGAAAGGAAAAAGACGAGCUCUAUGUUUCGUAUCCGCAAAGGCAUCACCUCGUUUGAUUACUGCAAGGAAUGGAACGUUAUAGUAACCGGUGGCCAUGAUCACUACGUCCGCCUGUGGAAUCCAUAUGUUACAGCCAAAGCAACAUCGGUGCUGAAGGGACACAGUUCAGCAGUGACACAUAUCUUAGUGAACAGUGACAAAGGAGAGAUAAUCAGCGCUGCUCAAGACAAGGUUAUCAAGAUAUGGGACAUGCGUGACCUCUGCUGUGUACAAACCAUUCCCGCGCGCUCCUUGUUACCAGGCCCUCACGUAAUCACCAGCCUGUAUUACAACUCAAAGUCUCACUGCAUUUUUUUAGGAACCAAUCAGUUAUCGGUCAUCGAGGGUAAAAAGGAAGAGGCAUCAGAGGAACAUGACGUCACAAGUCACUUCAAACCCCUCUGUGCUGCUAUUUACAAUGAUCUGUUUGAUCAGGUUGUUAGCGCAUGUCAUGAUUCUGUGGUUUGUGUUUGGAGCCUGGAGACAGGCGAAAAAAUCAUUCAGUUUUCCAAUGCUCACGGUAGCUCUGAAAUAACAGCCAUGAGGUUUGAUCCUUCCAAGAGAAGACUUAUAACUGGAGGUAGAGAUGGAACUGUACGGAUAUGGAAUUUUAAUAAUGGCUGCUGUUUAAGCGAAUUACAAGCUGUUGACAAUGAAGAGAUAACAGGUAUCCUGUGUUUUAAACAGAAGAUUAUAACAGUGGGAUGGAAUAGAAACGUUACCAUUUACAAGGAUUGCCGCGACGAGGAGGAAGGAGAUCCUCGCGUGUGGCCACAUUUCCAUGAAGACGACAUUCUAUCCGCUGCAAUGUACCCGACUGGUUUAGUGGCCACCUCUUCAUAUGAUGGCCUUGUGAAAGUCUGGAACAUUGAAAGUGGAAGUGUUAACUGUCGACUGCACGCUGGUGACUAUGGCUUGGAAAGAACACAAUCUGUUAUUCCCGCAGAAGUUAAAAGACUCGUUACUCAUUGUAAUUCAGUGAUCGAAACAGAGAAGAGAAUUCAGGAAGAAAUGUCCAGAAAGAGAGGUAUACAUUCCGACUCAAGUAAGAAGAAUCGCCGUAUUGCAUCAUCAGUCGGGCGGCUCAAAAACUGCCCCAUGCAAAAAGAAAGACUUGAAAGUUCACAAAAAAGGAAAAGCCACCUUCAAGAUUUACCACCAUUGAAAUCUCAAGAAAGUUAUCAUGAUUCAUCGGUAGAUAAGGUUAUUUUUCUAGAAAAACGUGAAAACAGCAUCGCCACGGCUACCUUGUUAACAUCGGGGUCAGACGGUUCCGUAAGGGCCUGGAGUGUCUGUGGCGGAGGAUUACUGGGUUACUUUACUGCUGCACAGGGUGAUCAUAAUUCUGUGCUCUCCAUGACAACUAAUGGUGACAAUAGUUUACUCAUUACCGGUGACACCGCUGGCUUUAUAAAGCUUUGGAAUAUAUCGUGGUACUGUAUAAGUAGCGGUGAUCAGAAGCCAGCGGCACCGCUGCCCAGGAAACUUUCUUUAGGGAACAGAAGGAAUAGUCAAAAGCCUGGCAAAGCAGGAGGAAUCGAUACAAAGCCACCUCCACUGGUUACUUCAUUCAGAGCUCAUCUCGAGCCAAUUGUUAGCUUAGACUUUGUAGACAACCGUCAGCUUAUCAUUAGUGCUUCCAAAGAUGCUUCUGUAAGGUUAUGGACACAAACGGGAAGAUACAUAGGAUUGUUUGGUCAGCGAGUAUUAUGGGAUUUAGAGAAAGCAAUAAAAGGAUUACGACGACUUCCGCCGGAUAUUCAACGGAUCGCUUCAGCCGAGACCCUCAGAAGAAUGCUGAGUUCUCCUGGGCCAAGAUGGAGACUAGCAAAGCAUGUAAUGCAUAUUACGACCUUCUCUCGACGCGAAACACAGUCCAUCCUGCAGGAUUCCUCAGACACCGAAGAUUGGGAGAACGAAUGGGGGCCUUCCAUUAGCCUGUCACUAAAGAACAUAUUAGGAAAAUUUUACAAGCCGAAGAUUAGGCACAAACCCCUUCCACCACUACCAAAACUCAAAUUCAACCAAGAUCAGAUGAUUGUCUAUUCCUGUUUAAAUUUCAAAGAUCUCCAAGCUGUUGAGGAACCAAAGACACCAGCCGUACUAUGCAGUCACAACACCAGACAAAAUUCUUCUUCAGGCCUUCUUCCCCGAAUAAUUAAGAAUAGAGGUCAUCGGGAAAACUCUGAUUCUAAACAUAUAACGUAUUUCAGUGCGUCUGUUAAACAACCACGAGCAAGUACCUCACGAAAACCACUCGAAAUUUUAAGAGCAUCCAUUAAAAAGUAG